GUCGGGGGCGGGGCCGCGGCGCGCGGGAAGCGCUUGCGGGGCUGCGGGCUGGGUCCUCGGCCUCCGCGGCUCGUGAUGGCUCUGUCGGUGCCCGGCUACUCGCCCAGUUUCAAAAGGCCGCCAGAGACAUUGCGGCUCCGACGGAAAAGGGGCCGGAGCCUUGGGGCCGCCUCCCCGACCGAGGAGCGGCCCGAGCCGGCGACCCGCCGCGCCGCCCUGACGGCCGGGCUGCCCCUCCGCCCUUUCCCGGCAGUGGGCAGAGGUGGCGGCGGCGGCGGCGGCCCGACCGCGUUCCGAAGGAACCCCUUCGCCCGCCUGGACAACCGGCCGCGGGCCGCCGCCGAGCCUCCCAACGGGCCGUCCCGCGGCCAGCAGGAGGCGCCGGGCCCGUUUUUAGAUUCUAAUCAAGAAAAUGAUUUGCUAUGGGAAGAGAAGAUUCCUGAAAGAACAGCCAUUACUGAAUUACCCCAGACUCCUCAUGUAUCAUUCUCCGAAUCUGAUAUUCCAUCCUCAGAGAGUACUGAGUUACCUGUGGACUGGAGUAUUAAAACUCGACUCCUUUUCGCCUCUUCUCAACCCUUUACCUGGGCAGAUCAUUUGAAAGCACAGGAAGAGGCUCAAGGUGUCAUCCAGCAUUGUAGGGCAACAGAAGUUACUUUGCCUCAAAGUAUACAGGAUCCCAAACUCUCCACUGAGCUCCGUUGUGCCUUCCAGCAGAGCCUUAUCUAUUGGCUCCACCCUGCCUUGUCUUGGCUACCAUUGUUCCCUCGUAUUGGAGCUGACAGAAAGAUGGCUGGAAAGACAAACCCUUGGUCAAAUGAUGAAACCCUGCAACACAUUUUAAUGAGUGACUGGUCUGUGAGCUUUACUUCUCUGUAUAAUCUGCUGAAGACAAAACUUUGCCCCUAUUUCUACGUUUGUACCUAUCAGUUUACUGUCCUGUUCCGUGCAGCGGGAUUAGCAGGAGAUGAUGUAGUCACGGCUCUCAUCUCUCCUACAACUAGAGGUAUAAGAGAAGCUAUGAAAAACGAAGGUAUUGAAUUUUCUUUGCCUUUAAUAAAAGAAAGUGGCCAUGAGAAGAGGAAAGCGUCUGGAACAAGCUUGGGACAUGGGGAGGAGCAAGCAGUCAGCGAUGAGGAUGAAGAAGAAAGUUUUUCCUGGCUGGAAGAGAUGGGUGUGCAAGAUAAAAUUAAAAAACCAGAUGUACUUUCUAUCAAGCUGCGUAAAGAGAUACAUGAAGUACAAAUGGAUCACAGACCCGAGUCUGUUGUGUUGGUGAAGGGGACAAAUACCUUUACAUUGCUAAAUUUUUUGAUCAACUGUAAGAGUUUAAUUGCUACCUCAGGUCCCCAGGCAGGACUUCCACCAACCCUCUUAUCACCUAUAGCUUUCCGAGGUGCCACAAUGCAAAUGCUUAAGGCGCGAAGUGUAAACGUGAAGACACAAGCUCCUUCUGGAUACAGAGAUCAAUUUAGUUUGGAGAUUACAGGUCCUAUCAUGCCUCAUUCUCUACAUUCCGUGACUAUGCUACUCAGAUCUUCACAGAGUGGGUCAUUUUCUGCAGGACUGUAUACACAUGAGCCAACUGCUGUAUUUAAUAUCUGCCCACCAAAGGAUAAAGUACUGGAUAAGGAGGCUGUUCAUGAGGAGCUUGCCAACUGUGGAUUGCACCCUAAAACUCUGGACCACCUUAGUCGAACACCGAUACUGGGGAAAUCAUCUUUACGGCAUGUGGAAAUGAGUGACUACAUUUAUAAUUGGAGAUCCUGAACACCAAAGUAAGCCUAAAAGGAAUCUUUGAGGAAAAAAGCCUUCUAGCAAGGAAAUUCAAGAUUCUUAUAUCUUUGGCUUUAAAGUUCACUUUGGAAAUUUAAAGGAAUAUAGCUUUAAAAAUACUCAAAUGUUUACAAACAUUAACCUUUUACAAUACUUUUAUUACAUGCACUAAGCAGUAAAUAGGAUUAAGGUUUCAAAAUCAACAUUUGUUUUUACUCUUUUGAUUAGAUAUUCAGAUAUGAAGAUAAACUUUUUAAAAACUUCAAAAAC